CCGUGUUUUUAGGUUGGCAAGCAGGCUCCUUCGCUACUUUCUCGUAGUAUGAUCUUAUCUAUAGAUCAUACGGGCAGGUACUGACGCCUGUGUGUCAAAGAAGAAAACAGUAGAGGGAUUAGGUACUUGUUUAUACGUGACUGUAAAUUCUCACAUCAAGGCAUAUUUCAGAGAAGUACGGAGCGAAAAUAUUCACCAUGUCUCGCAUAGUGCCUGUGAAUUAUUUUGGAUCUGGAUUUUUUGACAGACAAAAAGCACUGUUUCCAAAGUUUCAGAGCGAGUUUGAAAAAAGUUUUGAAGAAUUUGAGAAAGAGGUGCAUAAAAGUCGGAAGAGUAUGUUCGAGUUGAGCCCCUGGGAACACCAGAAGGAUCCCUUUGAUGCUACUCAAUUUGGAAUAAAUAUGUUAAAAGUUGAUAGUCCUUUCGUGGAGGACCUUUCUGGAAACAAGAAACUGAAUUUGAAAUUUGAUUGCAGUCAAUUUAAACCAGAAGAUAUUACCGUAAAAACGGUGGAUCGGAAUUUGACAGUGCACGCCAAGCACGAGGAAUCGACCCCAGGGAAUAAAGUCCUUAGAGAGUUCACAAAGGCUUAUCUUCUCCCUGAGAGUGUGGACCCUGCAAAGGUGACUUCAUCGCUGUCCGCGGACGGUGUGCUCUGUGUUGAAGCGCCGGCGCCGAAAACUGUGGUAGCGCGAGAUGAGAAGCUCAUUCCAACGGAACAUUUAGCUAUUAAAUUGUGACUUUGUUUGCUAUAUACGCUAUAAAAACAUUUAGCUAUCAAGUGACUUUGUUAAAUUUUUCUAAUUUGUUUGCUAUAUACGCCAUGCUAUAUAAAUGUACAAGCAUUUGAGUUGCAUGAUUUUGAAUUUACUUUUAAUUUGUUCAACAUUAAAAUACAAUAUUUGGUUUUAAAAGGGAGUAAGCUAAUUUUUUUCAAACAUUGUAUUUCAAUUUGAAAUAAAGAUUGUAAAAAUA